UAAGAGGCAGACGUGCGGAGAAAGAGAGAGAGAGAGAGAGAGAGCAAAUCAGCUACUGAUUUGUCGCCACGAUUAACUAAUGAGCUUUGGGACUAACUCCCAUGUGAGACAACGUUAAUCCCCUUAAACACUCCAUUCCCUGAGUGUCCCAGCAAUUCCGAACAGGGGGAAACAGGGCGACAUGUCAAAGCCACAGGUGCAGAAUGCACCCCCAGGGUGUGGGGCAGACCAGGGGGACAAGGGGGCCCGCAGAGAGAAACCCAUCAAGUCAGCCCUCCGACACAGCCAGAGCAAGGAGGGAGCAGGGGGCGAGCAGCGAGCAAGGCCUGGACAGGGCCAGGGAGGGAGAGAGAGCGAGGCCAAGAGGAGGAGCAGCGAGACGCCCUCAGUAACAUUCCGGGAGGGAGCCCACAGUGGGGAGAGCCACCCGGUCAACUCAAAGGCCAAGAGGAAGGUCAGCGACACCCCCUCACUCACCACCAAAAUGUACUCACCGUUCGUCAACGCACUGUUCAGCCAGGACCGUGACUUAGCUGUUGAGGAAUUGGAAGAGAUUUCUGAAGCUUUCAGAGAGUUUGACACAGACCAGGACGGCUACAUCAGCUACAAAGAUCUGGGAGAAUGUAUGCGGACCAUGGGAUACAUGCCAACAGAAAUGGAACUGCUCGAAGUCAGUCAGCAGAUUAAAAUGAGACUGGGCGGCCUGGUCUCCCUGGAUGACUUUGUCGAACUGAUGGGUCCGAAGCUGCUCCAGGAAACCGCCCAGAUGGUGGGCGUUCGGGAACUGAAAUUCGCUUUCCGCGAGGUUCGUACUAAUCCUUUCCUGGCUGAAUGGUCCCUCUGCUAGUCCCAUCACUAACCUCCCUCAGCAACCCGCUGUCUGCGUGCGUCAGGCCCUCAAUCAUUUCCUCGAAAUCCACACCGAGCUUCAAUCCGGCCCUGCCCAGGAAACCUCUCCAACUUUAUUCCAUCGGUACCUUCAUCAGAGGAGACCAUUUGGCCCUGCCUGUUUGUACAGUACUGAGCAAUUCCACUCGAGCCACUCCCCUACCUUUACACCAUCACCCUGAACCAUUCCCCUUCA